AUGGCCCCUAUUACGAGAUCUUCUGUCCAUGGAAGGCAGUCCCAGUUGGACAACCGCAGGAUCGUCGAAGAGUCCCAUAUGCCUGACGAAGACCAAGAGAUGGCCGGCCAAGACGAAGAAAUGUCUGUUCACGAAGGUGCGACGAACCAAAAUAAUUUUCUUCUCACUCAGCAAGAUGUCACGAACUCUACCACGCUCGAGACGCAGCCAGGAUCCAACAUGCUGAUCGACACCCUAGAUGCGCAGUCACCCUUCAGAUCCUCUGCGCAGGAGAUGCUUCGCCCUCUUCAAGACACUGCCGAUCGAGUGAGCAGGCAAGUCGAGGAGUUUGCAAAGGCUCUAGACAGAUUUGUGUCUACCCGAGAGCCCACCGAUGAGUCUCUCUGGGAGGAUGCCUUGGUCCUGUUAGAGCGUUACAGCAAGAUUGCGGACAUUCAAAAAUCAAGGACAACUACGGAGGAGUCUGCGGGAGAACUGGAAAAGACGCAGCUCGAAUCCGAUUUGUGGAUUUUGGUCAGGAACCUGCUCUACUGCAAUUCUCCGCCCUCCCUCAAUGAUGCCCAGAUUGCCCGAGAAUCGAGGUUGGGUGGUCUGCAUCGCUACUCAAGCAAUGUUGAAAUCUGGACUGCAUUCCUCGACUCCGAUGCCGCUGCACAGGAGUAUGAAACCAUCCUGGCGUGGCUGCAAGAGAGGGCUUCCGAGACAUCACCUCCUAUUGAAGACUGCACGCGCAGUCUAGCUGAGAAGUCGGAACGUGGAGAUGGCAUUUGGAGCGCCGGACCUAUUUUCACACAGGCCGCCAUCAAGCAGCAGAAGCGGACCCGAGUUUGGUCACUACCGUUGGAACCUUCAAAUCCUGGACUGAACCGGACCCACGUUCGCAAAGGCGACCAGAAACCCCUUGUCGCUCAGCUGGAUCCUGAUGCGCCAACUAGAGAGUCGGCUGUACUUCAAGAACAAGAUGAAUUCCACGAGCAGGCCGCCUGGCAAACAUACUGGGAAAUGCUGCGCAGGGGAUACAACAAUAGCCAGAUUCAGCCAUGGUUCGCAGAACGGAAAGAAGUCUGGCGGUAUGCAACCAUUUGUAGCUGUGGUCCACAUGCUGAACAAAUGGAGAAUUCACCCUGGUUGCGCAUUCUGAAUUUGGCCUCAAAUUCCGAAUGGUUGAAGCGUUGCGAGGUACUGGCUCAAAAUCCAGCUAUCCAAGACCAGUUUCAGAAAGCCGUAUACGGUAUACUUUGCGGUGAUGUUGGGGCUUCCAAAUCUGCAACUAGGACGAUUGAUGAUAGUCUGUUCUCUAUUUUCAAUUCCCUUCUUAUCCAGAGAUACCAGCACUAUCUUCAAGCCUACAGAAAGAGGCUGACAGGUACGGCCACCACUGAAUACCGACCCCAGCCACCUUCCACCGCCGAAGUCCAGCAGUAUGUCGCCCUUGCUCGGACAAAUCCAACUACGAAGGACGAAUCUCAAGAACCGCACAAGUUGAUGGAACUGGCCAUUGUCUCAAAAGACUUCGACAACUUCUUUGUGAACAUGGGCAGGGCUGCUGCUCGCAUCGCACAUACCACAGGUCAGGGAUCCCACCUCAUGACUAGAAGCGAAACCGAGAGUAGUGAAGUCGCCAAGCUGAAUGCUCAGGACCAAGACUGUGUCCGGAUGGUUGCCCAUCUUCAGUUGCUGUUACGGUCUCUGGGCUUGUUGCGAUCUUCAUACGACGAACACGAAUACGAACUUGAAAACAACAUUGCAGCUUACAUCGGACUGUUAGAAAAUUGGGGCAAGUGGCUUCUCAUUCCUCUUUAUGCGUCUAAGCUGUCCAAGAAGAGAAGUUACCACGUCCUGGGGGCCAUCUUGAUCAAUGUCACAGAUCGGCGUGAAAGAGAUUUGCAAGUAAAGCUGAUGAAGCAAUACAAGAUCAACGUGUCAGAAGUCACCUACGGCAUUUUCUCUCUUGCCAAUUACUCGGACCUCCAGGAACUUCGAAGGUAUAAACAUGGUCCGAUACCUGCCAAAAUCACUCUCUUGGGCGGUUCAGGCAAGUUGGCACAGUACAAAAUUCGACCUAGCUUGAUGACAGGCGAGGUGACUGAGGCAGACGAGAAGGCGGUCAGGAGCGUUGAGUGGAUCCGGUACGUUGAUGCUGAAAACUGGGGUGCAGCUGCCUGGUCUGUUGCGGUACUCUACAAAGUUUUCUUGAUCGAAGGGAAAUUUAUCGCCAUGCGUCAACUGCUUGACCGCGUUCGUCUCUCGGAGAUGUCACUUGCUGCCGUGGGGAUGAACCUGUAUUUCGCCGACGCAGAUCCACCGAUAAACACCGUUGAAAGCGAGGCAGAGAUGGAUGAAGAUCGUGUGACUCCCAUGAGCAGCCCGACUAGGAGGAGAAAGGCAGCUAACUCAGACCAUCCUUUGUUGAGGGCUGGGACUGAUCGGCAAACGUUGGCGUUAAAAUCACUGAUUUGGAAACAACUGGAACAACUUGUGGCUGCCAUUGAUGCUUUGGACAUCUUCCAAGAGGUAGCAGACGGUCUCGAACAACACCGAACAAACCCCUCGGUUGCGCGAAACUACAAGCGCGACUUGAAGCGGGCUCUGGAGCAACUUCGACAGGACAUGCUCCCACUAUUUGACAAUGACUUUCUUUGCCUGCCUCAAGAUGAUAUGGAAGCCGUGGUCCUGAACGAUAUACGCAACCACUACAUCCCCGAAUGUAUCCUCGCCUACAACAGUGCUUUGUGGUUUGCAGGCCACUUCUCUUCUCGUGCUUGGCUUGUUGAAUGCAUGACCUUAGCCCAAGUGGUUGCGGAGACUCCCAUGCUAACCAACGCCUUUGUGGAAAGUGGAAGAAUGAAGGAACUAGUUCGGGCGUUUGCGGUUGACAGCCAAGCGCUCCUGCAAGCAACAGAGCAAGGUGCUUCUGGUGGUGCCGGGGUAAGUGCCAGUCGAGCGAAAAAGAUCAAGACGGAUAAAGGGAAUGCGGAUAUCUGGAAGGUGUCGUGGAAGGAAGAGACUGGACCAUUGGAUCUGGACGCGAUGGACUAA